GCCUUUAAAAUGGCUGGCAGUCUGUAAUUUUGUGUAUGAAUCUACACCCGAAUAAUGAAUUUUCGAGGCGUGUUAUCGUGAAAACCCAUGAAUUAUGGUAAACUUCGGCGAGACGGUGUUCGUGGCAAUGUGCUCCAAUAGAAACGCAACCCGCUUCCAGUGUCAGAGAGCGAAAUUCAGCUAACUAAAGGCUGCAGGGUUAGGAAAACCAUUACAUGGUAUCGAAAUCGGGACUCCAGACCUUCCGGGCGUGAAUAGUAACUGGAAAACAUGUGGAAUAUGAUGUGCGACGUUAUGCCGACAAUCUCGGAGGACAGCAUCAGCCAGAGAAGCUCGCAAUUCUCUGGCGAAGAUGCCAAUUUCGAGCAACUGAUGGUCUCCAUGCUAGACGAAAGAGAUAAGUUGAUGGACAGCCUGCGGGAAACCCAGGACCGGCUGGGUGAGAUGGAGAUUAAGUUGCAGGACGUGGAGAAAGAAAGGGACUCACUCCAGAGGCAGAUCGCUGCGAAUUUACCACAGUUUCUUCAGGUUGGGGAGUAAACAAAAUAUUCCAAAUGGCCCCAUAGAAAAAAGUCUGAUGGCAUCAAAUCAGGAGAUCUA